AUGGCCGAUGUUGUUAUGUACUGUGGUUAUGGUCUGAGAAAACUGAUACAAUUCUACAGCUUGUCCCAGAGAAAGGUUUUUCGAACUAUUUUGUUGACACAAUGGGCAUCUUGCUUGGAAAUAUCGCCUAAGGGUCAUUUAAUUGCUGUUGGAACCAAAGAUCGACUAGUGAAAGUAAUUGAUUAUGAUAAAGGAAGCUUUCAAGAUUUCGAUAUGCAUUGUGACUCUAUUAGCCAUGUGACAUUUUCUCCGACCGGAGAUAAACUGUUUUCCGUUGGUUUUUCGGAUGUUGCUUUGUGGAAGGUGUUGAUAUAGAGAGACGUCCUUAUUACACAAUCUUGGCAAAACAAUAUAAAGUCGAAGGCUGGUGCGCUAUAGUCUAUGACCCGUCAAUUUAAAAACCCGAUAUUUUAUCUGCUUAUUGAGAGCAAUAGAGAGAUAUGCGUAAAAUGUAAAAUGUAUAAUAUAUUCUUAUUUAUGAAAGGAAAGUAAAACCAGCAAAA